UCAGCUAGUUUAAUGUAAAUAGCUCUUUAAUAAGGAGGAAGUGUGGAAGACGAAACUGAUAUCAACAAAUAAGUUACCAACGCAGUAGAGAUGUAUAGCGGCGGGGGAGAUGGUAAGCCAAGAGGGUUUGGCUUUGGAGGCUUUUCUAUCAACAAAUCGGAUGGAGGAAGUGUUGGUGGAGAUGGAAUAUCAAGGAUGGGUAGCUCUAGUGGUCAAAGAACAUUGCAGCCUGGUAGAACCAUGGGGUACAAGCUGAAAUUUGGAAGAAGCAGAGUGACUGAUGAUGAUGACUAUUUUGAUGAUGACCAUGAGGAGGUGAAUAAUUCUAAUAAUGAGGCAUACCAGCCGGCCCCAGGCAGCCCUGGAGCUGACAAAGGCAGAGACGGGGACAGUGACAGCGACGACCCUCUCGAUGCAUUCAUGGCAAAUAUAGAGAAAGAAGUUGAGGAAGACUCAAAACCAGCUAAGAAGGAGAAAAAGAAAGAAGACAAAGGUGUGAGAGACGACAUUGAGCAGGAGGACGUAGAGGAGGCGUACUAUCGGUACAUGGAGGAGAACCCCAUGGCGGGAGUGCUGGCUGACGAGGCUGAGGAACUCAACGUGGAGUACGAUAACGAGGGGAAUAUCGUGUAUGUUGCUAAGGAUAAGGUUAUAGAUCCACUACCACCGCUCGAUCAUUCGGAUAUCGACUAUGAACAGUUUGAACGAAACUUCUACGAACCACACCCAGAUAUACAAAAACUUUCUGAACAAGAUGUGAAUGAACUAAGAAGCAAACUAGACAUAUGGGUAUCUGGACUUGCCCCACCCAGACCAGUGUGCAGUUUCGCCCAUUUCGGUUUUGACGACGCCCUUGUGGAAGCCAUCAGAAAGUCAGAGUACUCCCAACCCACACCUAUCCAGGCACAGGGUAUACCAAUAGCCUUAUCAGGUAGAGACAUCAUCGGCAUUGCCAAAACAGGAAGUGGUAAAACUGCAGCGUUUGUUUGGCCAUUGCUCAUCCAUAUUAUGGCACAGAAAGAACUGGAGAAAGGAGAUGGGCCCAUUGGUCUGAUUCUGGCUCCAACUAGAGAACUGUCUCAGCAGAUAUACCAAGAAUGCAAGAGAUUUGGCAAGGUGUACAACAUCAACACAGUGUGUGCGUACGGAGGGGGCAGCAUGUGGGAACAGCAAAAGGCCUGCCAAGAUGGGGCUGAGAUUAUAGUGGCUACACCUGGGCGGUUAAUAGAUCUGAUAAAGAAGAAGUCUACAAAUCUGAAAAGGGUCACAUUCCUGGUGUAUGAUGAGGCAGACAGAAUGUUUGACAUGGGCUUUGAGGCCCAAGUGCGUUCAAUUGCAGAUCAUGUCAGACCUGACAGACAGACAUUGCUGUUUAGUGCAACAUUCAGGCGAAAAGUAGAGAAACUUGCUCGAGACAUUCUGGCUGAUCCCAUUCGUGUUGUGCAGGGGGAGGCAGGAGUGGCUAAUGAAGAUGUGACUCAGAUGGUAGAGGUGUUACCGCCAGGGCCUGCCAAAUGGACAUGGCUUGUGAAGCGUCUCGUUGAAAUGACAACUUUGGGCAGUGUGCUAAUAUUUGUGACCCGUAAGGCAAACUCGGAAGAACUGGCAGCCAAUCUCAGGAGUAGAGACUUCAAAGUUCUGUUGUUACACGGAGACAUGAGCCAGAUGGAGAGAAAUGAAGUGAUCCACUCAUUCAAGAAGAAGGAGGUCCCCAUACUUGUGGCAACUGACGUGGCUGCUAGAGGUCUUGACAUUCCUUCAAUUAAGACGGUUGUGAAUUACGACGUGGCGAGAGACAUCGAUACGCACACACACAGAGUUGGCAGAACGGGGCGCGCAGGUGAGAAGGGGUUUGCCUUCACGCUAGUUACAGAGAAGGAUCGAGAGUUUGCAGGUGCCCUUGUGCGUAACUUAGAGGCGGCAAACCAACACGUCCCUCAGCCAUUAUUAGAUCUGGCUAUGCAGUGUCCAUGGUUCCGGAAGACUCGUGUUCAGCAGAGCAAGGGCAAGCGACUAAUGGCCGUGCCUGGAGGAUCUCUAGGGCAGAAAGAACGCCCAGGCCUUGGGGCCGAGACUAGCACAAGGGUGCAAGACUCCACAAGUUUCUCAUCCUAUCGAGCAGGGUCAGCACUGGGAGGGAGAGGACCACAGUCAGACAGAAUGGCUGCAAUGAAAACUGCCUUUUCUGCCCAGUACAAGACAAACUUUAUAGCGGCUACCGACUCUGCCCCUAAAUCCAUCCCGAUCGGAAUUCAUGAGCCAGAGAACCCUGAUUCACACCAUGAUGCAAAACGAAGAAAAAAGUCGCGCUGGGAUUAAAAGAUUUUUGUAUAUCAUUGACACUACUUUGCUGUCUGAGUUAUUCUGAGCAUAAAGCAUUCUUAGGUGUAGUACCUCUUCUCAGCUGUAUUUCCCCCUGUUCAAUGGAAACUGUUAUGUUCUUGUAUUUAACUUUGGGGAAUGUGUUUGAAAAAGAGUUUUUUUAAUAUCUUGGAGUGGGAUGCGGAAUAUACUAAGAUAGCUGUAGGAUUGUAAAAAUUCAUUCAUAAAUUAGCAUUGUAUACUUAAUUUAAAAAAUUGUUAAUGUGUUAGUUAAAUAAUGUUGUUCAUUGCAAAUAGUUGAUGAUACAGAGAAUUUCACUCCCAAGUUUGUGUUCUGUAAUUUGUACCUCUGUAAACAUUUCAAAUGUCAGUUUAUUCGGAAUUGUUGAGACCUCAUGCGAGUCUUUUUGAGCAAUGUUAAAUCAAUGAAGUUAAACUUUGCAAACAUCUCAACAGAUCAUUCCUCAACCUUGUUAUCACUGAUAUAGGAAAAAUUGAUCACUGAUAACUUAUCAUUCAUUGUAUGUCAUGAGUAAUCCAUAGUGGAAGCAUCUAUUUUGUUCACAUUUCAGUUCUUGUUUACACGUUAUAUGUGUAUGGUAUGAACUGUUAACCAUUUGGAAACCACCACUUGUAAAAUGCCUCAUAAAUAAGGGUUCAUACUCAAACGAGCUCCUUUGGGAAUACCUAGGCAUUUCAGUAAAUCAUGCAUUGGUGAGCAAUUUUAUGAAUAGUUACUUUUGCAUUAAAAUGUUUUCAAUGUUUGAAACUAUAAUAGUUGGAUUAAAGAGUACUAUUUUACAUUUUAUUUUUGCAUAUAGAAAAACUUUGAUGAUUUUGAAAAGAACAUUUUAUCUUAAUUUCUGUUUGGAGCCUUGUUCAUAUGAACCCAUCGUUUAUGUUUAAUUGUAUGUGUAUGAAAGUCACUUUGACUUCCUUGAUACUUAAAGGUAAAAAAAGUACAAAUGUAGUAAAGUGUUCUCAAGUUCUGUACAUCUUUUAUGUCAAUUGGUUAAAACACCCAUAUUUUGGAAAUGCCAGAUUCAAGCUGGCUUCAGGAGGAAAAGACUUUGUCCAAAGCAUAACUCUGUCCACCACAGAUGAAUUUGUAUACAACUCGGCAAAAGUGAUUACCUUGAGUAGAAGAAUUGUCCCUUGCAUGAAUCAGGCCUCAAAGGUCAUGGUCAUCUGUAAAGGUCAAAUGUAAUUUUUACCAGGGCACCUUGUCUUGAACAUUGCCUAUGGGCUGGUUUUGCAGCUGUGAAUAGCAUUUUGGGCCAGGUUCUCAAAAACGAUUUAAGCUGGAAAGUCAUAGGUCAUGGUCAUCCAUAAUGGUCAAAUGUCGUUUUAACCAGGGCUAGUUGUCUGCAACAUUACAGAGGCCCAUUGGCUGGUAUUGCAGCUGGGAUUAUCAUGUUGGGCCAGUUUCUGGCACAAGAUUUAUGCUGGAAAGUCAAAGGUCAAGCUCACAAUUCAAGGUUAAAUGAUGGUAUAUGUUUAUGCAUACUGUUUGUUUAUGCAUUUAGGUAUCAGUUGUUUGCUGUAUGAUUAAAGCAAAAUGUUACUAGUUCAUGUAUGUUUUAUCUUGAACAUUGUUUUUUUCAAUGUCAUUCAUCUAAAUAAAACAUAAACUGUGUGUUUUAGUACAUUGAAUGUGCUGUAAAUGUUCUUAGAUGUGUAUAGAUUUAAUUGGGAAGUUACUGCAGAUGUAAUAAUUGUGGUAAUAAAAUGUAAAAGUUU